AAAUAAACCCACUGUACCAUUUUCCUUCCUUCACAUUCAGGCAAUGUGAGAAACACUGGCAGGGACAGGCCUCUGACUGACAUUGACAACAGAAGUUUCCCAAACCAAACUACACAAAUUUGCCAAAAGAAAGAAGCCCAUCUCAUUCCAAUUAUCAAAGCACCAAUCAUAAUCUUCCAAUUCCAUAAAAAAAACUUCAAAAACAACCCCAACAAUUCUACAGAGAGAGAGAGAAAGAGAGAUUAGAGAUAUGAGUAGUAGGAAGAGAGUUUUGGUAGUGGGAGGCACUGGCUAUUUGGGACAACACCUAUUGCAAGGCUUUUCAGAGAUCCAAGGCACCCCAUUUGAAUAUGAUCUUGCAUUCACCUACCACUCUAACCUUCCUCAACCUCUGCUUGAUGCCCUUCCUCAUUUGCUUCCUUUCCAUGUUGAUUUGAAAACUGGGCAAGGAUUUGAUAGCAUUUCACACUCAUUUGGCCAGCCUGAUGUGGUGGUGAACUGUGCGGCACUCUCGGUACCUCGUGUCUGUGAAAUGGAUCCUGCUGCUGCACUCUCUGUUAAUGUGCCAUCUUCACUUGUUGAUUGGUUAUCAAACUUUAAAGAGGGUAGUACCCUUUUAAUUCACCUGUCAACUGAUCAAGUUUAUGAAGGGGUGAAGCCCUUCUACAAGGAAGAAGAUGAAACUGUUCCUGUGAACGUUUAUGGAAAAUCAAAAGUGGCAGCAGAGCAGUUUGUUUCUGAAAAAUGCUUGAACUUUGCGAUUUUGAGAAGCAGUAUCAUUUUUGGGCCACAGACUAUCUCACCUGUUCCAAAAUCGCUUCCAAUUCAGUGGAUUGAUGGUGUCCUCUCUAAAGGAGAAAAGAAGGACUUCUUCCAUGAUGAGUUUCGCUGCCCAGUGUAUGUCAAGGAUGUUGUAGCUAUCAUACUAGCUUUGACAACCGGAUGGAUAUCAGAGGGUAAGCAAAUGCAAUUGCUACUAAAUGUUGGUGGACCAGAUAGGGUAUCUAGGGUACAAAUGGCUGAGGCUGUGGCGGAUUUCAGAGGAUACAACAAGUCCUUAAUCAAACCAGUGUCUGCAUCUUCAGUUGAUCGAGGUGUCAAGUCCCCAGCUGACAUAUCCAUGAAUUUAUCCAAACUAGUUCAGACUCUAAAUUUUUCUCCCACUUCAUUCACAGAUGGAGUCAAAUUGACACUCACUACUGGGGCUAAAUCUUGAGGACGUGAAGAUGUUGUAAUUUCUUUAGUUUCUAGUUUGUACAAGUGCUAUUGCCAGGGGUAUAGUAUGAACGAUGAUUCUCAAUACUAGGCCCCAAUUGAGACCCCGAGUGUCUUUCCUAGUCCACUGCUCUUUGUGGAGUUCAUAGAUGCUUCUCAUGUCUUAAAACAAGGAGAGAAUAAAAGUAUUUUUCUUU